GAAUUUAUGCUUGUUGCUAAAUAGCCCGAAGAGGAAGAGAUCGUCGAAACAGGCGAAGCUUUGCCGGCGCGAGGCUGCCGUUGUCUGGCGACUUGCUGUUGCAAGGCGGUAGCUUCUUGUGGUCUACGGUCGGUAGGUCAGCAAGAUUGCAAUAGAAGUUCAGCCUUGGGCAAGUUCACUACGGUGAGGAGGGAGUUCGCGAGGGCUUUCGACGACACUGGCGGAGAACUACAGAAGGUACUAAAAAUUGCUUGAUUAGGAGGCAUUCCACUUGGAGGUAAAACUAAGGAUGUAUCCUUCUAGAUUUAAAAGAAUGAAGUUCGAUCCAGAAAUCAUGGAUUUCUCCGACCCCUUUGCAAUAGCCAGAUAUAUUGAUGAGUUGAAUGAGGAGAGGUAUGGGAGUAUCACUAAAGAAUAUGAAGAAAUUCAUGCUUUGAGGAUGAAGUUUAUAAAUCUUUUACCUCCCUAUCUUAUCAAGCCUUGUUCUAAGUCAGAGCCUCAGCCAUUGCAAACCUCCCUUACUGCUAAUGGUCAGCCAUCUGGUUUAUUCCAAAAAGUAGAUUUGACACAGCAUGGUAGAAUAUCAUCGGCGGGGGAUGUCAUUGAUGUGGAUAGCGAUUCUGAUGCCGAUGGUGUGAAUCCUACCUUCACCCAGUCUUAUCAAUAUGAGAAGCAGUUUUAUACGCCAGUCGUUGUAAGGCAGCCGCCUUCUAUUCAGUAUGAGAAGGUUUCUUUUGGAGAAAAAGUUGACGUCCAGGUCAACAAAAGUCCUAAGAGCGAACUUCUCACAUUCAAAGGUAGUGAUGAUCUAGCAUCUCUUCUAAGUAAAAUGAAAAAGGAGAAAAAGAUGAAAACAGAUAAAAAAGAAGGAAAAGAGAAAAAAGAGAAAAAAGAGAGAAAGGUUAAAAAGGAGAAAAUACUCCAUGCUAGUACUUCACCACCAAUUCCUUUGCUGAGCAAUGAGGAACAUUCACCACAAAUGUUGCAGCAGAGUCAAGAUGAUGUAGAAGCAACAGAAAGUGAUGGUUUAGAAGAUCUUUGGAAUGAUAUGUCUCUGGCUAUUGAAUGUUCGAAGGAUGUUGAACCUUCAGCUCCGGUUGAGAAGGAAGAGGUCGAGAAGGAAGAGGAAUGCUGUCAUUCCUUCAUCCUCAAGGACGACUUGGGAAUUGUUUGUCGAGUAUGUGGAGUUGUUCAAAGGAGCAUCGAGACGAUUUUUGAUUUCCAAUGGACAAAGAACACCCGCGAUGCGAGGCACUAUGUGUCUGGAACUCGUAAGCAUGAGGAUAUGGAUGAAGCUGUUGAUGCAUCUCACCCAAAGUAUUCUGAAGAAGAUGCUGCAAUUGAUCUUGGCAUUGAUCCGAGGCAUAAGAAGUUGAUGAAGCCACAUCAAAUAGAGGGCUUCAGAUUCCUUGUAAAAAAUCUUAUGGUAGAAAAGCCAGGUGGAUGCAUCCUUGCUCAUGCCCCAGGAUCCGGAAAAACAUUUAUGCUUAUAAGCUUUAUGCAGAGCUUUAUCACUCAGAAACCUGACAAAAGACCAUUGGUGGUUCUUCCUAAGGGGAUCUUGAGCACGUGGAAGAGAGAGUUCCAGCAAUGGCAAUUGGAAGACAUUCCCUUGUUUGAUUUCUAUUCCUCUAAGGCAGAUCAUAGACCACAACAGCUGGAGAUUUUGAAGAGCUGGGAACAAAGUAGAGGCAUUUUAUUUUUGGGCUAUAAACAGUUCACCAACAUUGUCAGCAGCACAUCCACUGAAAAGAUUGAUGCUUUAUGUCGAGAAAAACUACUAAUGGUUCCCGGCCUUCUAAUUCUAGAUGAAGGUCAUACCCCAAGAAAUAACAACACUGCUAUUGUGCAUUCACUUUCAAGAAUUAAGACACCUCGGAAGGUAGUACUUUCCGGCACACUAUUCCAAAAUCAUGUAAAGGAAGUCUUCAAUAUUCUCAAACUAGUACGACCUAAAUUCAUGAAGGAGGAGUCCUCCCGGAAUGUCAUGAAGCGCAUCCUUAGCAGUGUAGAGAUAUCAGCUGGUAGGCGGCCAAAUAAAGGUUGCAAGGAGUCUGCUUUCUGUGAUCUUGUUCACGAAACCCUUCAAAAUGAUGAUAAUAGCUUAAGGAAAAAUUCAGUAAUUAAGGACCUGAGAGAAAUGACGCACAGUGUUCUUCACUACUACAAAGGUGAUUUCUUGGAUGAACUUCCUGGCAUGGUUGACUUCACCGUGUUCUUGAAGCUAACUUCAAAGCAAAAAAGUAUUGCCAGUAGGUUGCACAAACUUGAUAUAUUCAAGGGAAACUCUGUGGGGAGUGCUGUAUAUAUGCAUCCAAACCUGAAGGAAGUUGCCGAAAGUGUUGAUGGGGAUAAAACUGAGUCCUUAAGUAAUGAUAAAGUUGAUGGUUUAAUUGGAUCAUUAAAUGUCAGGGAUGGAGUGAAAACCAAGUUUUUUCUUGGCGUUCUUUCUUUGUCUGAAUCUGCUGGAGAGAAACUCCUUGUAUUUAGCCAGUACAUCCUUCCUCUGAAGUUCUUGGAAAGGUUGGUCAUUCAAAGGAAGGGCUGGCGCUUGGGGAAAGAAGUUUUUAUGAUAUCUGGUGAUUCAAAUCCAGAAGAUAGGGAGUGGUCUAUGGAGCAAUUCAACAAUUCUGCAGAUGCCAGAGUUCUUUUUGGUUCUAUAAAGGCAUGCGGAGAGGGUAUUUCUUUAGUUGGAGCAUCUAGGAUAUUGAUCUUAGAUGUCCAUCUCAAUCCUUCUGUCACUCGUCAGGCAAUUGGUCGAGCUUUUCGGCCUGGCCAACGGAAGAAGGUAUACACCUACAGGCUUGUUGCUGCAGAUAGUCCAGAGGAAGAACACCAUAAUACCUCCUUCAAAAAGGAGCUUAUUUCAAAGCUCUGGUUUGAGUGCAACGAGUACAGUGGCCAACAGGAGAUUGAUCUUCACGAGGUUGAACUUACAGAUUGUGAUGAUAUCUUCCUUGAAAGUCCUGCUUUGAUUGAAGAUAUCAAGUGCCUGUACAAAAGGUGAUUCGCAAUGCUUGAUGAAGAUGCUAUGUUAAGUGUAUAUAGCACUGUUGCAUCGGUAACCUUUGAUCACAACCGUUAGUUCUCUUGAUGGUCCUUAAAUCGCAGCCAUUGGUAACUAGAACUGGCACUUGUCUGUCUUUUUGAUGUUCUUCAUUAGGAAGUUUUCACUGCAGCUUAUCGACCUGUAAGCCUGCAGUUCAUAACAAGAACAUAACUGUAGUAGGUCUGUUAUGAAUCCAUGGAACAUCAUUGCAAUGC